UUCUGGCGCGUGCGCACACGGAUCAGGGCAAAACGACUGAGUGGUUGAUGUUUCCCGGAGAAGUUUUUGUAUUUACGACGCGAUUGCCGCGUCAAUUCAAGUCAAAUAUAGACGCAAAUGCCUCAAAAUUCGUCUUUUCUUAAGCCCGCGAAACGGACGUUGAGGUGAAGAUUGAGGACGUGAUAGAAGAUGGACGACUACUGCUGUGCUAAGAUGGCGACGUCAUGUCAAAGAGAAAGUGAAAGACAAUCAGAAACUUCCAGCAAAUCACCAACGGAGAUAAAGACCAAAGAUGAAGACGUCCAGCAGCUGAUUGGUCUUCCAGAAAAACUUCUGCCUCAGUCAGGCAGGAGCUCCACUUUGAAGCAGGAGACUCCACAACCACCCUGCAUUAAAAAGGAAGAGGAGGAACUCUGCAUCACUCAGGAGGGAGAGUGUCUUGUAGGACCACAGGAAGCUGAUCUCACCAAGUUUCCACCGACUGUUGUCUCUGUGAAGACUGAAGAUGAUGGAGAGAAACCCCACCCAGACAACCUCUUAGCUCCACUAUCAGACGUCCAGCAGCUGAUUGGUCAUCCAGGAGAACUUUCCCCUCCGCCAGGAUGGAGCUCCACUUUGAAGCAGGAGACUCCACAGCCACCCCGCAUUAAAAAGGAAGAGGAGGAACUCUGCAUCACUCAGGAGGAAGCUGAUCUCACCAAGUUGCCGCUGACUGUUGUCUCUGUGAAGACUAAAUAUGAUGAAGAGAAACCGCAACCAGACAACCUCUUAGCUCCACUAUCAGAUAGUGAGGCUGAAGACGAAGUUGAAGAACCUUUAAGCAGCGAUACGGACUGUGAAGAUGAUAUUGGGACUCACACUGACAACAAACACUCUGAAUGCUCUAAAAAGCGGAGCGUUCAAACACAUUUCAGCUGCUCAGUUUGUGCGAAAAGCUUUACUAAAAAGAGCACUUUGACUCGGCACAUGAGAACGCACACGGGUGAAAAACCAUUUAAAUGUUCAUUUUGUGGUAAAGGCUUUUCUAUAAAAUGCAAUUUGACCGCGCACGUGAGGACACACACCGGAGAGAAACCUUGCACUUGUUCAGUUUGCGGUAAAAGCUUCUCCCUCAAAAAGAAUUUGACUGACCACAUGAGAACGCACACCGGAGAAAGACCGUUUAGCUGCUCCAUCUGCCGUAAAAGCUUUACGAAAAAGUGCCACAUGACUCAACACGUGGGAGCGCACACUGGACAAAAACCAUUUAUGUGCUCAGUUUGCGGUAAAAGCUUUUCUCAGUCGAGCCAUUUGACGCGACAUGUAAGAACGCACACGGGAGAAAAACCUUUUAAUUGUUUAGUUUGUGGUAAGGGUUUUACUAAAAAGAUUAGUUUCACUCAACACAUGGGAAAACAUACAGCAGAAAAACCAUUUAAUCGUUCAGUCCGCGGUAAAAGAUUCCAUCGUAAUUUAGACACAGUCAGACACAUAAGAACACACACAGGAGAAUAACCAAUCAGCUGUUUGGUUUGUGGUAUGUUGCUCACCUGUGAGACCCAGGACCUGCUCAAAAUAAAUUGACUGAUUAGUCUUUCACAAAUAUUCGAGGUAUUUGUACAACUUUCCUAACGAGUAAAAUAGUUACUCCUUCAGGCAAAAAUUGACGUGAUGUUGGGGAGGAAUUGUUGUGUCAUUCAGUGAUGCUUUCACCGUCUCUGCAUAACUGUGAACAUCGACAACCUUCGUAUGCAACACAAAUAACAAUUGCUAUUGUUACAAAAUGCACACCCCAUUGUAUUUGUUUAUACUGUAUAUUUUAUAAGAAAGGUCUGUGUUCUGCACAGUAAUGCCAUACAUAAAUAUUAGAGAUGUCCGAUAAUGGCUUGUUUGCCGAUAUUCUGAUAUUGUCCAACUCUUAAUUACCGAUUCCGAUAUAUACGGUCGUGGAAUGAACACAUUAUUAUGGCUAAUUUUGUUGUGAUGCCCCGCUGGAUGCAUUAAACAAUGUAACAAGGUUUUCCAAAAUAAAUCAACUCGAGUUUGUCA